AUGGGUCUCUUCCUUAUCCCGCGAACAUGGCGGCUGCCCAAGGUCGUCUGGUUCCUCAUCAUCUUCGAGCUGCCGUUCACAGUCGCCAACCUCGCGCUCUUCGGUAUCGCAAGCCCGAAUCUGUACAGGACUAUUCUAUGGAAUGAAGGUGGUCGCAUGGGUUUUAAUUCGGACCCGUCGACGAUCGUGUAUGCAUAUGCGAAUUACCGGCCGGUCCAUACGCCAGCAGUCUGGAGUAGUUUCAACACACAAUACCACCUCAUCAUCGGCGUAGUAUGCACGUUCUUUUGGCUGAUCAAAGUCACCAUGUGUCUCGUCAACGUCUUCCUCCCGAUCCUGUCGCUCCUCCUGCACAUCGCCCUGCUCAUUCUUUGGGCAUACGGCAUCCAUAUGCAAACCUCGCCAGAUACCAUCGACCCAAAGCGCAUGAACAAGGGCGCGCCGUGGUACAUCACUAAGAGCUGCAAUAUCGUAGAAGAUAAGCAGAUUAGGAGUUAUUGCAUGCAAGCAAAGAGCAGUUUUGCUGUUAGUAUUAUCAUGCUGUCGAUAUACGCCCUCUUCCUCGUCUUGAGCGUGUAUUCUCUCGUUCCGACUGCCGCUGCAAGAGAAGCCCACGCCACCAAGCGAGCGGAGAAGCAGGCCCAAAAAGAAAAAUGGAACUCUUCGCCCUAUGAUAACGAAAUGACCGCCGACGAGCAGUGGCAGCAUAUGUGGGAGCUGCAGCAGCUACCGCGUACGCCAGGAACCGUCGGUGGCAUGAAGUCGCCCAUGACGCCGAGAACAAGGGCCUUUGGUGAUUUGGAAGGACAGCAGAACGUGUAUGGUAAUGCCAAUAGGGGGCCAGGGUGGUAUGGUGGCCAGGGUGGGGCGCCGCUGCAGGCGGUUAGCCCGGUGCAAGAGCAGGAUGAGUACACGCAUGAGGGCAAAGGGAAGCGACACACGGGCUCGGCAUAUUAA